ACCAGCGAGAGCAAUUUUGAAAUGUACGACGAGAUGAAAUCCGCAUCUGCUAGUGACGCUCCGGCGGAGAUGAGCGUUAGCUGAGCCGCAGUGAAGAGUCGCGUCGGCUCCGGGGACGACGAGAUGCAGUUUCUCAGCGACGCCAUUCGAUCCUUGCCUUCUUACGCCGUUAAGGACCUUCUGUCCGUCGGGGUAUGUGUAAGAUGCAGCUUUCGGCUACUCGGAAUUGAGCAACAAGUUUAUUGUUCUUCCUCAUUUUCACCAUCGCUACUGUGUUCAUUUCUUGAAGAAUCGACGUCUCCGGAAGCAGAAAUCGAGUCGGAAUUUUGCUGCGUUUGCUUAGGUAUAUUGCAGUUCAAGUGGAGCGAUGAUAAGGAAACAUUAAUGAAAAAGGAAAGCGCCAAUGAUAUGACUGAAUCAAUUGCUGAGCUAGCGAGGCAAGAAGGCCAUCAGAUCGAUGGCUUUUCUCUUGAAGUAUCUGUACCGCAACCAAUACUGGAAAACGAAUCCGCGAUUUUGUCAGAUAUGAAAAGGAAAUAUGGAUCUGAACUCUGGUUUCAGGAAAAGUCACUUUCAGAACCUAAUUCUGUUAAGGAUGCCCUAAAAUUUGCUAUGGUCAAACCACUGGAAUCAUUAUUGGCUUUGGAGAAAAGAGGAUCAGAUUUAGUUACAAACUAAAAAUCAUGUAUUUUAUAUAUCUAGCAUACUGUGUAGAGUUGUCUACCUACAUCAGGUAUUGCAUCUGCUAGGCUUUGGAGAAAGGGAGAAUCUGAUUUAAUUAUAAACUAAAAAUGAACUUUAGAUUCGUAU